CCCCCGCCACGCCAGGAGGAGGGAGCAGCCCACGGCCCCGCGGGACAGGAGCCCCCGCCGGAGCGUCCCUGGCCCGGUGCAGCGCCCGUCUCGGACGGUGCCUGAUUCCUCCUCCUCCCCGGGCACAGAGCAGCCCCGUAACGUUUUCGCUGCCGCAGACGGACAUCCCUCGGUCCUACCGCAAGCCCCCGUGCCGCCGCGGUGCGAGGCGAAGGCUGGCGGUGUGACACCCGGUUUCCUCCCCGGUUUUCGGGGCGAUGGCCUGUUUCUGGAGCAGGAAGGGCAAGCGGAAUGGGGGUCUCCCCCUGCCAGUAACCUCGCAAGCGGUGGAAGAUGCCGUCCCUCAGCAGCCGGCGGCGGGGGACCUGGAGGAAGAGUUUGCCAGGUUCCGCUGGCCCCAGCACCCCGGUAAAGGCCGGCGGCUGAGCAGGACCCUGCGGUUGCUGUGGCAGGUGGGAUGGCUGAAAGAUGGGAGCAAGCAGUGCCGGGCUUCCGGAGGAGCCGAGGAGAGCCGGAGAGCUGCCAGGAUGCGGGCUGUCGAGAGAUGCACCGAGCCGGAGGAGCCGCCGGAGGAGCCAGGGACCUGCCGAAAAGCCACCCGAGGUGGGGAAGCCCAGCAAGAAAAGCAGAUGGCCUUGGCGACGGUGGUCAACAUCCACAGCACGGUCCCAUACGUCAGGGAAGACGGUUGGGAUGAGCCGAUCGUCAGGUGCGAAGCAUGGGAUGAGGACGUGCCAAGGGGAGGUGAUGGCCAUGGGGAUGAGAUGGGUCAAGCUCAGCCCCUGGUCCAGGCAGGCGCCAGCGGGGAUGAGAAGGGAAGGACCACCAGCUCUCCCCGGAGCCUGGGGUUGUGGGUGGAAGACAAGGAUGCUGCCACCAUCCCUCGAGGGGAUGGGCAUGGGCAGGACUUUAAGCCUCCAUCCCCAAGGUGUGGGGAGGAGCGGAGGAAGCAAGUGUGGGAGAAGCUGCAGCGCCUGGGAGAAGACAUGGCAAGGUGGGAAGGGAGGUCCGUGAGAGACCUGGCAGUCAGGCUGAUGGAGAUGAUCCUGCAGACAGAAACCGAGAUGUACCCUAUGGAGACAGGGAACAAGAGUGACCGGCUGGAGCAGGGGCAGGGAGGAGCGAGAGCCAGGGUGGGCAGCUCGGAGGUGGUGGGUGCUUUGAUGGACAUCUGUGCAGACAUCACCACGAUGCAGCAGUGCCCGCGGCUGCAGGACCUUGCCAUGUACCGCGACGUCCCCGUCUCCAUUGGUGGGACCGUGUACGGGGAUGAUCAGCACCUCCCUGCCAUGCCAGAGCCGCUUGAGAACGAGCAGAUCUGGGAGGACCCUGACGAUGACCUCCUGGAGCAGGGACGUCCACCAGCUCUUCCUAGGCCUGCGGCGCUGGCCCGCUGUCUGAUGGUGGCAGAGGUUGGGAGCGAAGAGGAGUGGAAGGAGGAAUUCCCGCACGUGUGGUCGCAAUACGAGAUGGACUGCGGGCUGGUGUCCGGGGAGGAGGAGGUGAGCGGGGCACCGGUGCCCUUCAAACGGCAACCCCCAUUUCCAGCAGCCAUGGAAGACGCCGUGGCGAACAUCCUGCAGGACCUGCUGAAUAACGGCGUGGUGGUGGAAGGCAUCUCUUCCUCCAACAGCCCUUUACUGCCCAUCCAAAAGGCCAACGGGAAGACCUGGCGCCUGACGCUGAAUUGCAAAGCCAUCAACAAGGUCACCCCCAGGGUGGUGGCUCCGGUUGUCCUGAACAGGACCAAGCUCGUGGCGAACCUCAGCCCCAAGAGCCGGUAUUUCUCGAUGGUGGAUCUAUCGAACUCCUCCUUUGCCAUCCCCUUGGCAGCACGCUCCAGAGCCAGGUUUGCCUUCACCUUCAGAGGCCGGCAGUACCUCUUCGCCCGGCUGCCCCAGGGCUUCCACAGCACCACCUCCAUCGUGCACGGCCGGGUGCUUCAGAUGUUGUCCCAGCUGGCCCAAGGAGAUAAACCUUGGGUUUUGUCUUUCGUCGAUGACAUCCUCAUCGCUGGGAAAAGCCAAAAGGAAACCAAAGCCCGAACGAGGAGAGUCCUGGAGCUGAUCCAGAAAACAGGCUUUAAAGCCAAGUUUGAGAAGGCGCAGCUCGUCCAGCCCAAGGUGGACUACCUGGGGAUGACAAUCGGGGCCGAGGGGCGAGAGAUCCAGGCCAGCAAGCUGGAGGCCAUCAGCAAAGCGCCCAGGCCGUGGGAUGUCCACGACCUCCGCUCGCUGCUCGGGCAGUUUGGCUCCUUGCAGGAUCACAUCCCCGACUACUGGGAGCUGGCCCGGCCGCUCCACCGCCUCACCACGAAGCGGGUGGAAUGGGAAUGGGGAGCGGAGCAGGAGCAGGCGCUGAGCCGCCUGAAACACGCCGUCCUGACUGCGCCCACCCUGCGAUUCCCCGAUAAGUCCCAGCCCUUCAUUAUCAGGCUAACGACCAGCAGAGAGACGAUAGGAGCUGCCUUGCUGCAGGAGGACCAGCGGGGACGGCUGGUCCCGGUGAUGCACAGAUCCCACAUGCUGAAGGACCACGAGGUCUCCUACCUGCCGCAGGAGAAGGGGUGCCUGGCGGCGGUCUGGGCCGUGCAGGCGUUUGAGACCCUCACGGGGCCGGCCCCCAUCCUUAUCCAGAUGCCCCAUUCCCCUCGGAGGUGUCUCCUACGGGGCGAAGCGUUGGGGUCCCACGGGACGAACCCGCACCCGGCGCGGUGGACUCUGCUGCUGGUGAACGGGGGGGAGAUGGCGAGGGGACCCCAACCUGAGUGGGGACACCCCCCUGGCACCCCGGUGCCCACCGCUCCCCCCCUACAGCAGCUGCCCUCCCACGUCCCCAAGGCCAACGUGUGGUUCGUGGCCAGCGAGAAGGUUCACUCCGUCGGCUUUGCAGCGGCCAACCUGGAAGAGCGGUGGCUGCUCGGGGUGGCCGAGGGUGACUCGGUGCUGGGCGCGGAGCUGGUGGCCCUUGAGCAGCUCCUGUGCCAUCACCGAUGCUCCUCACCCCUCUAUUUGUACACCGGCUGCUGGUCCUUGGUGGAAAGUUUGCAAAGCCAGACCGGCGAGUGGGAGCCUUGGGCGAGCUCCGGCGAGGGUUUAUGGCCGAGCAUCUUAUGGUGGGUCCACACCAACCCAGGGAUGCUGCACGUCAGGUACGUGGGAAGGGACGGGAGCGAGGACCCGGAGGAGAGGGAGUGGAGCCAAAAAGUGGGCAGGAGGGCCGAGGCGAUAUCUGGCAGGGCUGAGGGCAGCUGGCAAAUUUGGGAGCCUUCGAAGCACGAGAGGCAGGAAAUAAUCGCCCAGUGUCACAGCUAUUUGCACGAGGGGGUGACGGGGACCCUGGCAAGGGUGCGGCAGGUUGCGCCCUGGGAAGGUGACAGCGGGCAGGUGGCCCGUUGGGUGCAGAGCUGCCUGAAGUGUGCUGCAGGCAGGGACGGAGCAGGCAGGGUGCUGCCCCAGCGGGCAGAGGGGCCGUGGUCGCAGCUCCAGCUGGGCUACGUCAAUGGCCUCCCCGAGACCAAGGAGGGGCACUGCUCCCUCUUGGUGGUGGACGAUGAGUUUUCGGGGUGGGUGGAAGCCUUCCCGAUGCGGGAGAGGACGGCGAAGGAGACGACCGAGGUGCUCUGCAGGGAGGUUUUUGCACGGUACGGGACACCUUGCGCCAUCCGUUUGCCGCGCGUGCCACGCUUCCUCUGGGAUGCUGUGCAGCCGGUGAUGGAGGCAUCCGGCACGAAGCUCCUGUGGGACACCCCGCAGCUCGGCCAGGCGAGACCGGCCAUGGCAGCCCUGCUGCGGCUGGCCCGGCGGGCCGGCAAGGAGUGGGUGAAGAUGCUCCCCUUGAUCCUGGCGGGGAUCAGAUCCGUCCGGGUGCAGGGAGGGGUGCUAAGCCCUUACCAAAUUAUUUUUGGCUUCCCGUUGGAGAUGCGGUGGGGAUGUGAGGGGCAAGUCUGUCCCCAGGGCAACGUCCUCCCCUGGCUCAGCCGGCUGCAGGAGGACAGGGCCGGCUACAAGGAGCGGAUGGAAGCCGCGCUGCUGGGGGGCUGCCCGGAGGGGGAUGCUCCGUGGCCAUAGUCCCCCGUUUCCUCCAUGAGAUUGCUGUCUCUGUGUGUUCUGUCUCACGUUAUGGGGUGAAAAUGGGUGUACUGGGUUUGCUGGGGGGCUUUUAGGCAGGACUGGGGGGCUUUUAGGCAAAACUAGAGAGCUUUUAGGCAGGACUAAGCAAUGCCCAACCUCUUCUUGCUAUGAUGUUCAAGCGCAGGGAGGGAAGACUUGCUGGGUAUACUGGUUUUGGCUGGGAUGGAGUUGGCUUUUUUCAUAGGAUCCGGCACGGUGCUGGGCUCUCCAGCUGUGACCUCAAUGGUACUGGGAGCACUGGGAUGGUAUUACCAUCCCCAGACCCAUCGGGCUUGGAGGAGCUGGGCCAGCUUUUACUCGGGACCGUGGGAGCUGGUGAGCGAUGGCCUUGGCAUCACUUGCUUUGGUUUAUUUAUUUCUGUCUUUAUCUACUUCUCCUUCAUUUAUUAAAUGAUUUUUAUCUU